CGACCUGCGUACGGGUUACCAAACGAAGCAAACGAACUACCACAGAAAAACAAAAGAGAGAGGGAGAGCGCGCGUCGCCGGAAGAAGAGAUUCACGACUUGCCUGAGUGUCACCUCAGGCAGGGGCAGAUUGGGCUUAAGGUGAGGGAGGGCUUAGGCCCAAUCUCAAUUUUUAAAAAAUCAGACCCAGUCCAAUUUAGAAGUCCAAAACGCAAGGCGGUAGCAGUCCGCUUCGUCCUUUCUUUCUGCGCGACUUCGGCGACUUCCGCAAAACCCCAAACGCGCAGGGAAGAGUCCCAGUGUAGCACUGUAGUCUGUAGCAGUCCGCUUCUUCCUUUCCGGACGACCAUCUUCGGUCGCUGCCGCCUGCCGGACGGCCACUCGGCCAGGACGGCGCACCAGGGGCUUAGGCAGUCAGCCACUCGGCCAGGACGGCGCACCAGGGGCUUAGGCAGUCAGCCACUCGGCCAGGCCGGCGCACCAGGGGCUAAGUCCAAGCUGUCCAGCUUAUUAGCUUAAGAGGGAGAAAAAGAGGCUACGACUACGUUUCGCGCCCUGCUCCGCGUAGCCGUUCGCCGGCUCCCUGCUCCGCCACUUCUCCAGUGGCCUAGUCCGCCGCCUCCUACAUCCGCCAACCUCCGCCUGCCGCCCGGGGUUGCCCACUGUCUGCCUGCUCAGCCGCUAGGACGCUGAUCAAGUGACCAACCUGACAGGCGACCGCCACUGCCCUAGAUAGCUUUGGCGCAUUACAGAUUUUGAGUUAAUCAUCAAUAUAAGCACUACAAAUAUGGGAACUCGAAAGUUGUUGUGGAGUACAACUAAUUACAUUUUUACUGGGAGCCUCAUUGGCAUCACUCUAUCAGAUCGUUAUGCCAGUGUAGUUUCUGUUAAAGGCAUUUCUAUGUCUCCAACGUUUAAUCCUCAUGGAGAUGGCCCAUUGACUAGGGACCAUGUUUUAUUGGAGAAGUUUUGCCUUGAAAAGUACAAGUUUUCUCAAGGUGAUGUCGUGGUCUUUAGAUCUCCUUCCGAUCAUAAAGAAAAACACAUAAAGAGGAUAAUAGGGCUACCUGGUGACUGGAUCAGUACACAACAGGAUGAUUAUAAUGAUGCAGUGAGGAUACCAGAAGGGCAUUGCUGGGUCGAAGGUGACAAUGCAGCUUGGAGCUGUGACUCAAGAUCUUACGGCCCUGUCCCAUUGGGUUUGAUUUGUGGAAGGGUCACACACGUUAUCUGGCCACCUCAAAGAUUUGGUAGUAUACAAAGGGAACUCCCUCAAAGCAUUUCUUCGUGAUUUUUUUUUCUUUUCUUUUUUCAUUACUAUUAAUAUUGUCAUUCUAUAUAGUUGUUGAUUGAAAUACUCCAAUUUCAUUUUGCCAUACCAAGAGAUACUCGAAUUUUGUAAUCUGCAUGAUGAUGUGUUCUUUAUCCGUAUAAUUAUAAUAACAAGAAAUAUUUGGGUUUAUAUACAUCGACUUUUUGCCACU